AUGGCGCAAAUGGUCCUACACUACAAUCGUUAUGAGGAUGUCGAAGGACGAGUAGUAAUAGUUCUUCUCUUGUCAUGUGGUUAUCAUUCCCAAUUCGUUUGGGGAGUAAAACAACAUUUUGGGUAUGAAGUCUUGAAUCGUGGGAAGUUGGCAGGUGAUGAGAUUUUCAAGGGAAUGACGGUUGAAAUGGAUCAUUACAUGAUUAUUUUGAUCAACUGUGAGAUCUUUUCAUGA